GAGGGAAGCUGAUGCGCAGUCCAGGUGGCGGGGGCUACUACGCUUCCCUUCCACCUCCCUAACUCCCGGUCUUGCGUGAUCUCGCGCGAGGUGGGGAGUAUCUUCUCGCGAGAGCUAGGUCGGGAUCCCUUCAGGUCCGCCUCCGUGGUGAGGAGGAGGAGGAGAAGGAGGAGGAGGAGGAGGUGGAGGGAGGAGGAGGAGGAGGAGGCCCCGCUGCGGCCUCCGCCGCCGCCAACGGGGCUGUCCCUGUAGCUCCCGAUGGAGUUUGAUGUCGUGAAGCCGCCGCCGAGCUCUGCCCCGGCGAGACGAGGCGCCUCCGUCGCCGAGCCGCGCGGUCGCGGGGCUCCCGGGAGCGGCCCUUAGCGACCCCGCCCGGGUCCCCUCAGCUUACAAAACACUACACAGCAAAAUAAUGAUCUGCUAGACUGCUAACCCGAGCAUCCAGCUUCCACAAUGCCUGUGCAGGCAGCUCAAUGGACAGAAUUUCUGUCCUGUCCAAUCUGCUAUAAUGAAUUUGAUGAGAAUGUGCACAAACCCAUCAGUUUAGGUUGUUCACACACUGUUUGCAAGACCUGCUUGAAUAAACUUCACCGAAAAGCUUGUCCUUUUGACCAGACUGCCAUCAACACAGACAUUGAUGUGCUUCCUGUCAACUUCGCACUUCUCCAGUUAGUUGGAGCCCAGGUACCAGAUCAUCAGUCAAUAAAGUUAAGUAAUCUAGGUGAGAACAAAAACUAUGAGGUUGCAAAGAAAUGUGUUGAGGAUUUGGCACUCUACUUAAAACCACUAAGUGGAGGUAAAGGUGUAGCUAGUUUGAACCAGAGUGCUCUGAGCCGUCCAAUGCAAAGGAAACUCGUGACACUUGUAAACUGUCAGCUGGUAGAGGAAGAAGGUCGUGUAAGAGCCAUGCGAGCAGCCCGUUCACUUGGAGAAAGAACUGUAACAGAACUAAUAUUACAGCAUCAGAACCCUCAGCAACUGUCUGCCAACCUAUGGGCUGCUGUCAGGGCUCGAGGAUGCCAGUUUCUAGGACCAGCUAUGCAAGAAGAGGCCUUGAAGCUGGUGUUGCUGGCAUUAGAAGAUGGUUCUGCUCUCUCAAGGAAAGUUCUGGUACUUUUUGUUGUGCAAAGAUUAGAACCAAGAUUUCCUCAGGCAUCAAAAACAAGUAUUGGUCAUGUUGUGCAACUACUGUAUCGAGCUUCUUGUUUUAAGGUUACCAAAAGGGACGAAGACUCUUCCCUGAUGCAGUUAAAGGAGGAAUUUCGGAGUUAUGAGGCUUUACGCAGAGAACAUGAUGCCCAAAUUGUUCAUAUUGCUAUGGAAGCAGGACUCCGUAUUUCACCUGAGCAGUGGUCCUCACUUCUGUACGGUGACUUGGCACAUAAGUCCCACAUGCAGUCUAUUAUUGAUAAGCUGCAGUCUCCAGAAUCAUUUGCAAAGAGUGUUCAGGAAUUGACAAUUGUUUUGCAACGAACAGGUGACCCAGCUAACUUAAAUAGACUGAGGCCUCAUUUAGAGCUUCUUGCAAACAUAGACCCUAAUCCAGAUGCUGUUUCACCAACUUGGGAGCAGCUAGAAAAUGCAAUGGUAGCUGUUAAAACAGUGGUUCAUGGCCUUGUGGACUUCAUACAAAAUUAUAGUAGGAAAGGCCAUGAGACACCUCAGCCUCAACCAAACAGCAAAUAUAAGACUAGCAUGUGCCGAGAUUUGCGACAGCAAGGAGGGUGUCCACGAGGAACAAAUUGUACUUUUGCCCAUUCUCAGGAAGAGCUUGAAAAGUAUCGAUUAAGAAACAAAAAGAUUAAUGCGACUGUAAGAACGUUUCCUCUUCUAAAUAAAGUUGGUGUAAACAACACCGUCACAACCACAGCCGGAAAUGUCAUUUCUGUCAUAGGAAGUACUGAAACAACGGGGAAAAUUGUUCCAAGUACAAAUGGAGUUUCAAAUGCAGAGAACAGUGUUUCCCAGCUCAUUCCACGUAGUACUGACAGUACAUUAAGAGCUCUGGAGACUGUGAAGAAAGUGGGGAAGGUUGGCACUAAUGGUCAGAAUGCUGCUGGGCCUUCUGCAGAGUCUGUAACUGAGAAUAAAAUUGGUUCUCCACCCAAGACUCCUGUAAGUAAUGUAACGGCUACCUCAGCUGGGCCCUCUAAUGUUGGAACUGAGCUGAAUUCUGUGCCUCCCAAAUCCAGCCCAUUUAUAACUAGAGUACCAGUGUAUCCUCAGCAUUCUGAAAACAUCCAGUAUUUUCAAGAUCCAAGGACUCAGAUACCCUUUGAAGUCCCACAGUACCCACAGGCAGGAUACUAUCCACCACCUCCAACGGUACCAGCUGGUGUGGCUCCCUGUGUUCCUCGCUUUGUGAGGUCCAAUAAUGUUCCAGAGUCCUCCCUCCCACCUGCUUCCAUGCCAUAUGCUGAUCAUUACAGUACAUUUUCCCCUCGAGAUCGAAUGAAUUCUACUCCUUACCAACCUCCUCCUCCGCAGCCGUAUGGACCAGUUCCUCCAGUACCUUCUGGAAUGUAUGCUCCUGUGUACGACAGCAGGCGCAUCUGGCGCCCACCUAUGUACCAACGAGAUGACAUUAUUAGAAGCAAUUCUUUACCUCCAAUGGAUGUGAUGCACUCAUCUGUGUAUCAGACAUCUUUGCGGGAAAGAUAUAACUCAUUAGAUGGGUAUUAUUCAGUGGCUUGUCAGCCACCAAGUGAGCCAAGGACAACUGUGCCUUUACCAAGGGAACCUUGUGGUCAUUUGAAGACCAGUUGCGAGGAGCAAAUAAGAAGAAAGCCAGAGCAGUGGGCACAACAGUACCACACUCAGAAAGCACCUCUUGUCUCUUCAACUCUUCCUGUGGCAACACAGUCACCAACACCACCUUCUCCUCUAUUCAGUGUAGACUUUCGCACUGAUUUCUCUGAAAGUGUGAGUGGCACAAAAUUUGAAGAAGAUCAUCUUUCCCAUUAUUCUCCCUGGUCUUGUGGCACCAUAGGCUCCUGUAUAAAUUCCAUCGAUUCAGAGCCCAGAGAUGUAAUUGCUAAUUCAAAUGCUGUGUUAAUGGACCUGGACAGUGGAGAUGUUAAGAGAAGAGUGCACUUAUUUGAAACUCAGAGAAGGACAAAAGAAGAAGAUCCAAUAAUUCCUUUUAGUGAUGGACCUAUCAUCUCAAAAUGGGGUGCAAUUUCUAGAUCUUCACGUACAGGUUACCAUACCACGGAUCCUGUCCAGGCCACUGCUUCCCAAGGAAGUGCAACUAAGCCCAUCAGCGUAUCAGAUUAUGUCCCUUAUGUCAAUGCUGUUGAUUCAAGGUGGAGUUCAUAUGGUAACGAGGCUACAUCAUCAGCACACUAUAUUGAACGGGACAGAUUCAUUGUUACUGAUUUAUCUGGUCAUAGGAAGCAUUCCAGUACUGGAGAUCUUUUAAGCAUUGAACUUCAGCAGGCCAAGAGUAACUCUUUGCUUCUUCAGAGGGAGGCCAAUGCUCUGGCCAUGCAACAGAAGUGGAAUUCCCUGGAUGAAGGCCGUCACCUUACCUUAAAUCUUCUAAGCAAGGAAAUUGAACUGAGAAAUGGAGAGAGUGACUAUACGGAAGAUGCAACUGAUACUAAGCCUGAUAGGGAUAUUGAGUUAGAGCUUUCAGCACUUGAUACUGAUGAACCCGAUGGACAAGGUGAACAAAUUGAAGAGAUCCUAGACAUACAGCUUGGUAUCAGUUCUCAAAAUGAUCAGUUGCUGAAUGGAACAGCAGUAGAAAAUGGGCAUCCCGUCCAGCAGCACCAGAAGGAGCCUCUGGAGCAGAAGAGACAGAGUUUAGGUGAAGACCAUGUGAUUCUGGAGGAGCAAAAAGCAAUUCUGCCGGUAACUUCUUGCUUUAGCCAGCCACUCCCAGUCUCCAUUAGCAGUGCGAGUUGCCUCCCCAUCACCACAUCUGUCAGUGUUGGCAACCUCAUUCUGAAAACUCAUGUUAUGUCUGAAGAUAAAAACGACUUUUUAAAACCUGUUGCAAAUGGGAAGAUGGUUAACAGCUGAAAGGAGGUUCAUCUUUCAAAUUUGUGACCAUACCAUGGAAGCAUUUACACUAGCUUUUUAUAUAUAUAAUAUAUAUUAUAUAAUGUAUAUUUUUUUUAAAAAAAAGAUAUUACUGGGGGCAUCCAUUUCCUGUGGACUCUUUGAUACUUCAAGCCCUCUUGCAUUAGCAUUAUGAAAAAAAAAGAAAAUUUACUUUACUAGGGUAACACGUUCACUUUCCAGAAGUGAUUGGAAUUUGGACAUUUAACUUAAGCUUCAAGCAGCUUUUUAUGAGUUUGUAGCAAUCCGGUGCAGUAACUGAGCCAUUUCCUAUUUUAAAUGGCUUCUAUAGAAAAUUAACAACUCAGUUAUUAAACUAGCAGGAUCCUACAAUGAUACAUCUAGUGAAAGUAGACUUAAUUAACUUAUUUAUUUCUAUUUUAUGUUUCACUGAGAGAAAUUUCCAUCUCAUUCCAGCUGCUUUAUUUAUCUUUUUCAUGGGACUUUGCAUGGAUUUUUUUUUCUUUUCUUUUUUUUUUUUUUUUUUUUUUAAAUUUUGAAGAGUGGAGUUAGACAUUCUUACCAUAGAAUUUUACAGGGUUAUAUACUAGCUUUCUUUACUGCAUUAUAUGUAGGAGUGUGGUGCAGUGCUUUUAUCUGUAGCAUUUAAAUUUUUUUUCAAUUUUCCAUUUUUCAGGAAUAGUUUCUGCUUUGUUAAUAUUUAUACACAGGCUACUUGUUGAAGUAAGUAAUUAAAUUAUAUAACCAAGUGCCUAAGUCUUUCAGCUGAUGUACUAGAUAUUAAAUUCUCCUAAGUUAUGCAGAAUCGUUUUUACAAUUUUGAUAAAUUAUGCACUAAUGUAAUGGCAGUUUUUUUAAAUGCAGAUUUAAGCCUGUACAUUAUUGAAUCUGAUGACUUGGUAAAAGAAUCAGGUGCUUUCAGCUUUCUUGAGAAAACCCUGUAUGUAGCGUUUGCACUGACUAACAAGAUGGUAUUGCUGGGUUUUUAAUUUAAACUAAUUAAUUUGGAUGUUCAUUGCAUUAUCUUGGUUGAGUAUUGUUUAUUGUUACUUUAUGUUGGGGUUUAAUUUUCCUUGUUUUUCUGACUGUUAGUUAGGUUGAUAAGACUAUGAACCAUGUAAUAAUAGAACAUUGGCUAAACCUUUAUGCAUACUUAAAAACAUGAAUAAUUUCUGCCCUGCUAAAAUGUGACUGAAAAGUAUUUUGACUUGGCAUCUGAAAGUAUGCAGUAUGUUCAACCAGCCAUGCCCCAGAUUUGCGAGAGAGAUUUUAUUGAAACCUAAAUUUCAGUCAACAUUUGGAAACAAAGGCUGGGCAUUCCUUCCUGGUGACCUUAACCUGUAGUUUUAUGUCUUUGUUUUUCCCCCUAUUUCUUUAAGGUUAGUUUGACUUUUAUUAUUAUUUUUUUAAUUAACUUCUGUGAAGUUGUUUACUCUGAAAAUUGUACUGGAAUAUUUUAAGCCAAGCUGAUCUUUCACCAGGUGUACUGUAUGUAAGGGCUUUUCCUGCUAGCAAGAUGCUUAAACAGGAUCAUGUUAUUGGUCGUCUGAGCUAUUUAGUUGUUUUACAAAACCACAGCAUUGUAUCAGAUAAGAUUUUGAUAAAAAGUUUUGUGCACAUUUCCAGGGGUGGGAGGGUUGACAUUUCCCUGAAAUUUCUUGAUCAGAAUGAGUAAAUACUGGUGUUUGAUACCUGUCUUAAUGAACAUGCUCAUAAGGUGACUGAUAAGUUGUAAAUAUACCUGAGAAACAAAGGGGUAGUUUUGAUAUUCUGGUGUCAGUAUGGAAGAUCUUACACGUUUAUUUAAUACUCAGAUGUAUGAAGAUGUUUGUUUGUAGCAUAACAGCACAGUAGCCUUGACUUCGUUUCCUUUGGUUAGUACUGUACCUUUGUUCCAUGGCCAGUGCCCCUUAUUCCUACGAAGACAUUUUAUUUAUUUCACUCUGUAACCUGAAAUUGAAUAGGAACAAGAGUUUUAAACCAUGUUACAUUAACUUAUUUCCGACAUUAUAAAUUAGCCUAGGAUAUUACAGGAACGUGAUUGUUAUAUAAUUUAUAUCAGAACCUUUCUAUAAAUAUGCGCUUAUUACAUUCGAAAUGCUUCCAAUGUACUUUAUUUGCUGUUUGCAUUUCCAAAAAGGAUAUGCAAACCAGUAUGUCUAUUUCAUGGAUAUUUAAAUAGUGAGAUCUUCCAUGUUGAAGGUAAUGUAUUUUUUUUUAAGAUUUUAAAAUUGCUAUUUUGUUACAAAAUAGAGACCUAUUAACAGUUUGAGAGCUCCUUAUGUGCCCUCAGGGAAAGAACCCUCUGUGCAACAGAACUACGCAAAACAUCUUCAGCACGUUCUGAGGGUGAAUAUAUACUACAUAAAUUGAUCUUGUGUAUUUAACCUUAUCUUUUUAAUUUUAAAAUUGAAGUUUUGAAACUUGGUUGUGCUCUGCUGGAGGGGGUUGGGAUAAACCGCUUAGGUGUUUGCCUACUUGUCCAGUGAAAUUACAUUUGCAUCAGUGUAUGUAUAUACCUGCCAACCUUAUUGGUAUGUCUCAGAAUAUUUAUAUUUAAAUAAUGCUUGUCUUGCAGCAGGUGAUCCCACAAAACAAUUAACUCCCUAUUCUUAAAAAUGUACUCUCUUCCUCACUAACAACAUAGGAAUUGUUUCUGUGUUGGGAUUAUUCUGUAUUGCAUCCUUUAUGUAGAGGCCAUCUUCUGUUUCUCAUGGUGUGUUGAAUGUGAAGUAAAGACAUUAGUUCUCUGCCGCUUUAGAAGAAAGAGCAGUAGAUCUGAUCCUUCUUCUGAAAGGUACCUGAUGAUAUCAGAGAGGAAAAAAAAUUACAAAUCAGACCUGAUAUGUGACUUUUUAAACUUGGGGGUAUUCCCUAUCAUUUGACCCUUUUACCAACGCGUUGUGAUGCACACUUUUGAAGUCAAAGGACAUAAAGCAGUAGGAGAGGAAAUUAAUAAUGUUGGUAACUAAACUGCACAUGUGGGCUAUCUAAUUAGGAAAAAGUAGCCUGAGGUCUGGAAAGUGGGAAAAUGGUGGGGGUUUUGUGGGGUUUUUUGUUUGUUUUUUUUUUUACUUUGUGUGUGUGCGUGUGGUUUUUUUAUUUUUAUUUUUAUUUUUUAUUUCUAAGUCUCAUUCUGAGGUCCAUAUGCCUCAUUCAGAUACUGUGGAUAUAGCAUCAGUAGUUCUUUCUUUGUGGUCUCAUUUCAUCUUAUGAAUUCUGAGAAAGUUACAUAAGUAUUUCGUCUAGUUGGUACCUGAACAAAACAGAUUGUUUUGCCUUUCCUGCCAUGACUUUCAAUACCAUAUAGUAAACCGACAUCAUGCAUGAAAGUUGUGCAUCGUAAUUUUCAAGAGAAGGUACUUCAGUGGGUCAGUGGCGCUGAUACUUUUCCUAGUAACUGUUUACUCUCACAAGAGAAUAAUAAACCUGUACUAGAUCUGAAAUUUUCGAUUUGUAUUCAUCUGGUCACUGUCACUCAAAUUUCAAGUCAAUUUUAAGUUUAUAAAGCGCAUCCCAAUUUUAUAUGCUACCUUGAGAAAAUUACAGGAUGCACAAUGAUUUGUAGGAAUGUAAAAUGGAAUCAGUUAAACAUUUGAAAACAUCGUUUAAAAAAAACUGUCUAGCUUUAGAUAUUAAAGCUCAUGGUGUCUUAUUAACAGGGAUGGAGUUUGUAAUGAUCAGAUUCAGCAUGUGGUUUCAACUUCGAAUCUGAAUAUUUCUUCCCUAGCUUCUUAAAGUCAUUUUUUCUGAGCAGACUGUCACCAGUAUUGGUAACUAAUCAUUCAAGGGAAAAGUUGCAUUGCAACUAUCUAUUAGUUUCCUGGAAGAACUUUUCUUGUGUUUUAGUGAAUGAAGAGUAUUGAUGGGAUCACUUACUGUAACUCCUUCUAAAUAAAAACCCCUUCUGCAAGCAGAACACAAAUGAACAUGCUCAAGGAGUAUCCCAUUUUCUGGAUAAAUUGAAUGAAUUUGCUAGUUACUCCUUUAUACUAGCGGUUUCUUUGUAUCCCUUUGCUGGCAAGGGAAUACAAGGAGUCAAGGCCACCGAUCCAAACACCCCACAUUUGAGUGGAGUCCUGUUUUUACUCCAAGAGCAGUUAUUCCCCCAGGUCUGAAAUUGGCAGUUUUUUCUUUUUUAAAAUAAAAAUUUUUAAAUAUCCUUACCAGUGGAACACAGACACUGGCUGCACUUAGUACUGCCAAAUCCAAGGUCAUUUGCAUAUAUUCCAUCAAUCUGUCAAGAAUUAGGCCUCACUUUAUAACCCAAGGCAUGGAAGUGCAUGCAUUCUCUUAGCUGGGCAAACAAUUAUACUGUAGUUGUGAUACAACACAUGUGGCUUUUAUUUGUACUGCACAUAUCCACUGUACAGCCACUUGGGAGUAUCGUGGUUAGCUUGCAGCAACUGCUGUCUGCAUUUAUACUGUUUAUUGCAUAUUCUUUUCCCUGGAAGUGAAAGAGAAAUGUUUUUCUUGUUGCAUUGAUUACAUUUUAUAAAUUUGCUUAGCUGGAAAGUUUGGGAAAAGAGGCCUGUUUGUCAAUUGUACAACCGAUUGUGAAGCUCUAGUGUGAAUAUUUUUACGUCUGUAUUAGACAUUUUCUUUGCAAAUCUAUUGUUCGAUUGAAAUGUAAAUGAAAUUAAAGAUGGUGUACACCCAUCAUGUAAAAAGCAGGCACCAUCUCUAAGAUGGAUUUAAUGCUCAUUUUUAAGGCAUAUACUCAGCUUCUAUUUAAAACUAUAAUUUAAAAUAAUUCUGUACAAUGAAAUGGGGAAUAUAUAUGGGAAUAAAUUCUAUUCCAUUUAUUUCAAUUUGAAUUUCCAAAUUGUAAUGUUUCCCUUUGUGCUAUAGGAAUAGGAUUAAAUGCGGGAAGGCUAGGAUUCAUAAGGCCUGUAUAUGGGGGGAGGGCAGAGAUGGAACAAUGAGGGUUGUGAUGAUAGUGAAUAGCAAAGAGUGAAUUCUGUGUGUUUUUGCUGUAGCACUGAAGUGAAGAGAUAUUAGCUUUGGCUGUUCACAGAAUAGAGCAUCAUGAUUUUCAGUGUUUGAGAGAAAAUUGAUGGAAAAAGUUUGCAGUACUUGACAUGUAUUUGCAUGCACAAAAUAAAAUUAUUUGUCCACCUUAAAAGUUGUUUGUUUAGUGUCAAUAUUAAGUUUAUAGUGCAUUUUAGUUAUCUUGACUUCCUUGGUAAUUUUUUGGUUUAACUAAGCUACCAGGAUAUUCCUGGAGAUUUAAAUAAUCACCUGCCCCAUGCCUACAUCACUGGGAAGGAUCAGAGAGAAAUUAAUAGGCCAGGGAGGUAGAAACAUUCCUUAAUUUGAUCACUUUAUUCAUUCACUAUAGACUACUUUCUACGUGGGAGAUGAGGAUAUAGAUGAUACUAGCAGUUCACAGUCUAGAUGGGAAAACAGGACAAUUACUCAGAUAACUAAUCCAAAGCAGUAUGUUAUAGAAGUAUGAAGACUGUUCUCUGGAACCUCAGCAUGUAACAGAGAAUGGCCUGAGUGGAUCUAGACGUUUUCGCUGGGCCUUGAGUAGUUUUACUCGUUCACUCAACUGACAAAUGUUAAGCCCCUGUCUGUGCUGGUCAGUGGAGUUAAAGGUCAGUGAAACAAGAGGCCUUUCUCUAGAAGCUCUCAGUGUGGAAUAUGGGAGAAAAAUCUGAAUCACCAGCUCAGAGAAUUCUGUUCUAGUAUAGGGUGUAUGGAAACUCUAGCAGGGAAACGAUGGGGUGCGUGGUGGUGGUGAGCCAGAGGAAUUGCUUCUUUGAGAAAUGACCUCAGGCUAGACCUCGUAGGCUGAAUAAUUCACCAAGCAAAGCCAAGGGGAGAAAACACCCCGGCACCUACUCUACCUUCAUACAACCCACUCUGUGUCCUAACAGGCCUCCACUGUAGAUAUUAUGAUCCCUGUUUUAUAUUUGAGAUGUUUAGGAACUUGUCCAAGACCCCAUAGCUAGAAAGUAACAACAGAGUCAGAAUUCUGAUUCAAGUCUCGUUGUACUGUCCGAAGGUGGUGAUGGUAAUGUUGGAACCUAUUUUAGCUGUGUUACAGUGGAAAGAGUGUUUGAGGAAUAGCUUAACCUGCUCUUAGAGCGCUUAAUACGUUCUAGACACAGAGCCAAGUCGAAUAGGUAUAUUAUCAUCAAGAACCACUAUUAUCACCAUUCUACAGAUGAGAAAACAGGCAGAGACCUGAGAGAAUUUGCCCAAGGUCACAUGACCAGAAGAGGCAGGUAGGGACCUCUAUGAAGGACGUUGAAUACUAUACUAAAGAGACUGUUAGGGAAGUUCUCUGGUCUAGUGGAUAAGGAUCUGGCAUUGUCACUGCUGUGGUGUGCGUUUGAUCCCCUGGCCCAGGAACUCUGGGGUUGGUCCCCAAGAAAAGACUGUUAGGGAGUCUUGGAAGUUAGAUGAUCUGAUCAGUUUGGGGUUUUAGAGGAUUGCUUUGGCAGUAGAGUGAGGUGAAGUUGGCGACAGACCAGCAGGGAGGCCAGGUCAUCAAUCUAGGUAAGAAGUGUUUAGAGCAUGGCCACAGUGAGGAUGGAGGAAAAGAGGUGGAUUUGGAAAAAUAAGAGCAAUUGACAGGAUUUGUUGUAAAGGAAGCAUAUUAGAUACCUACACAUUAUAGUGGAUUAAAUUUGGUUUAGAAUCCCAGACUUUGUUGCUGAAAACAGACCAAUAUUUGUGAAACGAAUGAUCUUGUAUAAGCCGUGGAGUGAUCAUUGAGAUCAGGAAGCAGGAGAGGAAGAAGCAUGGAGAGUUGAUCCAGGCAAAGGAGAGGAAACUGACUGAAGGAAGUAAAAUCCCAGGAAGAUUGUUUCCUUUAUAAUUUCCAUGUACUGAAGCCAGAGUGAUUUUGAAAAGAGUCCGUCUGAUCAUUUCAUUCUUGUGCUCAAAACCCUCCAAGAUGCUUCUCAUCUCACUCAGAGUGAAAGCCAAAGUCUUGUCUUUGCUACUUUGCACACUGUGCUCUAGCCGCACUGGCCACUAAGUUCUUCAGCUAGCCCGCCUGAUGUGUUCCCAUCGUGGUGCCUCUACCCCUGCUGUUCUCCAACGGCGCAGGCUUCCCCCACCCCUGUCAGACAUCUUCAUCACUAGAUCCCUCACUUUCAAGUCUUUACUCGAAAGUCAGCCUCAGUGAGAGCUGGAUGGAGAGUAACAGGAGUGCAAGCCAUGAAGCAGUGCUGUUUGAAAUACAUGUUUUAAUCCAAGAGACUGGAUGAGAUCAAGUGAAAUAUUUUUUUACCCUUGUAUCGGAAAUAAUUAUCGAUUCACAGGAAUUUGCCAAAAAUAAUAGAGAAGACAUAUACCUUUACACAGUUUCCCCAAUGGUAGCAUCUUGCUAACAUCAAAACCGGGAAAUUGACCUUAGUUACAAAUCUACAGAACUUACUCAGAUUUGACCAGUUUUUAUAUGCAAUCAUCUGUGUGUGUGUGUGUGUGUGUGUGUGUGUGUGUGUGUAGUUCAGUUUUUUCACAUGUAGAUUUGUGGAACCACCACUGCUCUCAAGAUAACAGGACUGGAAAAAAAAGAACACAAUUGUUCCAUCACCUCAGGAAUCUCUCAUGUUACCCCAAUAUAUUAAUAUCCAUUCCUCUCCCUACCUUCAUCCUCCCGUCCCUAGUCCCUGGCAACCACUGAUCUCUUCUCCAUCUCUAUAAUUUUUGUCAUUUUGAGAAUGUUACAUAAAUGAAAUGGAUACAGAAUGUAACUUUUUCAGAUUGGCUUUUUUCACUCAGCAUAACUUCCUUGAGAUCCAUCCAAGUUGUUGCAUGUAUUAAUAGCUUGUUCCUUUUUAUUGCUGAGUAAUAAUACCAUGGUGUGGAUGUACCACAUUUUGUUUAGACACUCACCGUUGAAGGACAUUUGGGUUGUUUAGAUUUUUUUUG